AUGACUUUUUCUCCCUCUUCUCAGUCUUUAUCUUCUCUUUUUGAUUCUUUAUUUUCUCCUUCUCCCCACCACAUCUUCAUCAUUAUCUUCUUCUUCACACCCGUUUUUAUUGUCUUCUCUUCUUACUUCUUCCUUUUCUCCUCCUCUUCCUCCUUCUUCUUCCUCUUCUUCUUCUUCUUCUUCUUCUUCUUCUUCUUCUUCUUCUUCACCACCACCACCUUCUCUUUCUUUGUUCCCUCCUCCUCCCCUUAUUCUUUUCAUCCUUCUUCUUCCUCUUCGUUUCGACUUGCUUCUUUUUUUAAUCUUACUGCCUUUCUCUUCUUCUUUCCUUGUUUUUCCUUUUUAUCCUCCCUAUUAUAUUCCUGCUUUUCAACGAUAUCUUCUUCUCCCCCUCCUACUCCUCCUCCUUUUUUUCAUUCCCCUCCUCCUCCUUCUUCGCCUUAUUCUGAUCCUCAUCCCCAUGCUUCUUCUUCUACUUCUUCUUCUCUAUAUAACACUCUCUAUUUUCCAUUCUGUUUUUGCCAAACAUUCUGUAUUUUCUUCUGUUCCCAUUCCUUUAAAAAGCCAUGUCACCAGAGAGUGAAGAAAAGCGCAACUCUCGUAAAACUGGCUGUUGUUGUUGUUAUUCUUAUUAUUCUUUUUUUCUUUCUCCUUCUUCUUUUCUUUCUCCUUCUUCUUUUCUUUCUCCUUCUUCUUUUCUUUCUCCUUCUUCUUUUCUCUUUCGCCUUCUUUUUCUCCUCUAUUUUCACUUGCUUCUUUUUUAUUCUUACUGUCUUUUCUUUUCUUCUAUUUCUUGACUUUCCUUUACAUCUUCCAUAUUUUAUUCCUGCUUUUCAACUCCUUCUCCUCGUCCUCUUUCUUCUCCCUCACCCCUCCCCUAGGCAUUCUUCUUCUUCUUCUUCUUCUUCUUCUUCUUCUUCUUCUUCUUCUUCUCGACCUUUUACUUCUUUUGCUUCUCCUUCUCCUCUGCCUUACCUCCCCUCCGCCUCCCCAUCUUUCUUCUUCUUCUCCUCCUGCCUCCCCGUCAUUCUCCUUUUUAUAUCUUCUUCUCGCCCUACUUCUGCUUCCAGUCAUCCUCCUCAUCUUCUAUAUUUCUUCUUCUUCUUCUUCUUCUUCUUCUUCUUCUUCUUCUUCUUCUUCUUCUUCUUCUAUUUCAUUUAUUGUCUUUUGUUUUUCUUCAUGACCUUGUUUUUUUUUCCUUUUCCUCCGCCAUCUUUUAUUUGUAAUGUUCAUUGCUGUAUUUUCUCAGACCUUCUUCCUCUUCUCCUUCCGUAUGGACAUAUUUAUUGA